AUGUCGACCUUAUCCCAUAUCAAAUCUCACGACGUGUCUGAAAUGGACCGCGUGCAAACAGCCGCCAGUGUCACUAUACCGAGUGAGCUGUUUGAGAAGAUGUACCUGAACCCGGAGACUUCGGUGAAAGGUCAACUUCGCAAAACCCUGGGAAACCCAACACCAGUUGGUUUGAUGGGCCUUAUAAUUAAUGCGAGCGGCCUUGGGUGCAACCUGAUGGGCUGGGGUGGCUCUGGUGGAGGUGGCGCUGCGCUUGUGGGGGUCUCUUAUAUUUUCGGAGGCGUUCUUUUGACACUUGGUUUCAUUAUGGAAUGGAUCCUUGGCAAUUCGUUUGUUGCCAUCGUUUUUGCCUUUUUCGGAGCAUAUACGUUUACUUUUGCCCUCACUUUAACGCCAUCGGUCAAUGCUCAAGGCGCGUUUACAGCAAGUGCCACAACUCCAGCCGAGCUGGCUGCUGGCCAGGCGGAGUUCAAUGCUAGCAUCGCCUUUUUCUAUAUAUUCAGCGCAGUCAUGAUUUUCAUUUUCAUGAUCUGUUCGCUUCGCACCAACAUUCCGUUUUUCAUGAUCUUUCUCCUGCUCGGCUUGUUAAAUGUGCUACUUGCUUGUGCGGACUGGGAAGCGGCCAAGGGACAUAUGGGAGUAUCUGAAAACCUACAAGUGGCUAGCGGUGCCGUCGCCUUUGCCUUGUCGUUUCCGGCGUGGUAUAUUUGGACUGCGCAGCUGUUUCUGACAGUCGAUUUCCCCCUUUCACUGCCUAUUGGCGAUUUAAGUACCAGAUUCAGGGGCGCAUCGGACCGCAAGAGCUCGCAAAAAGAGGUCGUGUGA